CCAUCCCCUGGCAGGGGCACCCCCAAGUGACGCCCCCCCCCCCCCCACUGUGCUUUCCAGGCAGCCCCAUGCCGGGCACAGGGGCCUUUGCUUGCCCCUGCUGCCGCAUGGCUUUCGGCUCCCAGCCGCUGCUGCGGGCGCACGAGGAGAAGCUGUGCCUGGGGACCCCGGUGACCGGCAGCUCUUCCCUUCCUGAGGGGAACCCCCCACCUGCGGAGGGGGCUCUGGGCACAGGGAGACCACAGGACACCUCGGUUGGGGUGUCCCAGCAGGGAGACCAUGCUGAGCCACGCCAUCUCCUCGUGCUUCCUGGGCUCCCACCAGCCGUGAGGGGACAGCGGGGGCCAGGGCGAGUGCGGGAGGCUCCCCUGGGGGACGUGCUCACCCCCCGUGAGAGGGCCCUGCUCCGCACGGCCGACCCCACUUCCAGGAGGCUGACGGCAGAGCAGGGAGAGCCCAACCAGCAGCCGGCCUCGCCGCGGGGGCACAGGCAGCAGCCACGGGAGCUGCUGGAGGCCCACGAGCGCCAUGUGGCCGAAAUCCGGGCCAGGACCCAGCAGCUGGAGCAGCAGAGAGAAGGACUGUGCCGGCGGCUAGCGGCACUGGGGGGCAGGGCAGCUGCAACCCCCCACCCUGAACAGGAGGAACUGGAGCUGAGUUGGGGUCCAGCGGUGCUGCGGGAUCAUGUCGGACAGCUGUCACAUGGAGGGGCUGCUCUCACCCUCCUGCCUGCUGCCGGACCACUCACUGCUGAGGCCAGGGCACUGCGACAGUCCUACCUGCGGGCAGGCGGGCACCACCCGGCCAUCCUGGCCCAGCUCCUCCACCUCCAGGUGGAGGCCACAGCACUGGAGACCAGAGCUGCAGGGACACACAGAGGCAGGAGGCCAGAACCCGCCAGUGCUGCUGCACCGGGCCUGGACGCAGCGCUGCUGGCCGUGGAGCUGGAGAAUCGACGGCUGGAAGACGAGCUCCUGGCGCUGAAGGUCAGGAGGGAGAAGAGAGCUGAUGCUGGCUCGCGGGCAGCCCAACGGCAUGCGGAGGAGCUGGCCCAGCUCCAGGCAGAGGUGGGGAUGCUGCGAUGCCAUGCAGAGCAGAGAGGGCCGCAGCUGCCCCCCGCCAUCCUCCCACCCCCUGUGGCCCCUCCACUCCCAGCCGCCCUGGCUGCACCAGAGCUUUUCAUGGAGCCUCCCAGGCCAGUGCUGGGGACAGGCAGCCCUGCAGCCUUUGGCCACCCCCACAUCCCUUCCAGCCUCCCUCUCGCCCCCUUCAUGGCCCUGGAGGACCCCCCUCCGGCUGGGGAGCCCCUGGCACAGCAUAAACCUCCCAGAAGCCCUUUCUAGGGGAAGCCUCACAAGAAGUGACAUAGUUCAGCCCCAAGGACCAGUAAAAGCCACAGCAAGAUUUCCUCCACUAGAUAUUUAAAUAAAUUACUUC